CUGCGAGCUGGCCUUCUCCUUGAAUGAAGUGUGUGUAAUUUGUGAGUUGUUGUGCGUAAGUGAAACUGAUCAAAGCGCCACGGCUGGUGUUCUUGGCUCUAGGGGAGAAACUUGCCACAUUGGGGGCGAGCGGCUGAGCCAAAGAAGAAGCGAGCGGGGCCCAAGGUCCUAGGCAGGAAAGUUAGUAAUAAAAUCGACGACCGCACCGUCUCUUCUAAAAAGGAGGGGAGUCAGGUGGCUCCCAUCUAUCACCCCCCGUCUCCAUCCCGAAGUAGGAUGUCAUAGGGUGCAAAUUCGCCGCCACAUGCCAGAGGGGACCCGCUCCUUUUCCAAGAAGACCUUCCAACAAUGAAGCGUGUCCAGCUCCGAAUGUGUUUGCCUUGGCUGGUUUUUUUCCUGUGGAGUUUACAGACCGCAGCUUCUCAAGCAGUCUGUGCAGGCACUCUCAACGGGCUCAGUGUGACUGGCGAUGCCCAUCAGAGCUACCAGACGCUCCAUAAAAUGUACAACAACUGUGAAAUUGUCAUGGGCAAUCUUGAAAUUGUCCUCAUUGAACAAAAUCAAGACCUCUCCUUCUUGCAGACGAUCCGAGAAGUGACUGGCUAUGUUUUGAUUGCCAUGAAUGUCUUCACGUACCUGCCACUGCAGAAUUUGCGCAUAGUGCGAGGGACCCAGUAUUAUGAAGACAAGUACGCACUCUUCAUCCUCCUCAACUACGCAAAAAACGUCACACACGCCCUGCGCCAAGUGGGAUUCAACCAGCUCACAGAAAUCCUUUCUGGGGGUGUCUACAUUGGGAGGAACAAGCAGCUGUGCCAUGUGGAUACAAUCAACUGGGGAGAUAUCAUACGAGACCCAAAUUUUAAGCCAGUGGUCAUUGACAAUGGGGACAACUGCCCUCCAUGCCAUGAGAGCUGCAAUGGGCAUUGCUGGGGUCCCAGUCCUGAUGACUGCCAAAAACUGACCAAGAGCAUAUGUGCCCCUCAGUGCAAUGGCCGUUGUUUUGGCCCCAACCCCAAUGAAUGCUGCCAUGAUGAAUGCGCAGGAGGCUGCGCUGGGCCAAGCAAGACCCAGUGCUUUGCUUGCCGGAACUUCAAUGACAGUGGGGCCUGUGAGACACUCUGUCCCCUUCCACUGAUCUACAACAAGCUCACAUUUCAGUUGGAGCCCAACCCUGAUACCAAAUACCAGUAUGGCGGCAUCUGUGUCAAAAACUGUCCACAUAAUUUUGUGGUGGAUCAGAGCUCAUGCGUCCGAACUUGCCCAAAUGACAAAAUGGAAGUGGAAAAAAAUGACCUAAGGAUAUGCGAGCCCUGCGUGGGACUCUGUCCAAAAGCCUGUGAAGGAACCGGAACUGGGAGCAAGUUUCAGACAGUGGAUUCCAGCAAUAUUGACCGCUUUAUCAACUGCACCAAGAUCUUGGGCAACUUGGACUUCCUUAUCACUGGCCUGGAAGGAGACCCAUGGCAUAACAUAACAGCACUGGACCCAGAAAAACUCAACAUCUUCCGGACAGUGCGAGAGAUCACAGGCUACCUGAACAUCCAGUCAUGGCCCAAACAUAUGAACAAUUUCAGCGUCUUCUCCAACUUGGUCACCAUCGGUGGCCGCAGCCUCUAUAACCGUGGUUUUUCACUGCUGAUCAUGAAGAACAUGAAUGUGACCUCAUUGGGCUUUCGCUCACUUCGACAGAUCAGUGCUGGCAAAGUCUACAUCACCGAGAACCAGCAGCUUUGCUAUUACCACACCAUCAACUGGAACGUGCUGUCACGCCGGCGCUCGGAUCUUGACAUCAGGCUUAACAAGCCUCCCAACAAAUGCAUACAAGAAGGAAAAUUCUGUGAUCCUCUUUGCUCUGAGAAAGGCUGUUGGGGACCAGGCCCAGACCACUGUGUCUCUUGCCGUAACUACAGCCGUGAAGGAAUCUGCGUUGACUCCUGCAGCUUCUAUGAAGGGGAGAUUCGAGAAUUUCCACAAGAUGGUGCGUGUUUCCCAUGCCAUCCGCAGUGCCAGAAGAUCGACGGUGACCUAACUUGCAGUGGAUCGGGUGCUGAUGCCUGCAUACAGUGUGCUAACUACAAGGAUGGGCCACAUUGCGUGGAGAGCUGCCCCGAUGGCAUCCUAGGGGAGAAGGGGCUUAUCUUCAAGUACCCAGAUGCCAACAGGGAGUGCUGGCCAUGCCAUGAGAAUUGCACGCAACGGUGUGAUGGUCCACAUCUUGAAGAUUGCUUCAUGGAGCAUCUGCCUGUUGCCAGGAAAGCUCCGACGGUGAUUGCGGUGAUGGCUGUGUUCUGCCUCUUUGUUUUCUGCUCCUGCAUUUUGCUCACUUUCCUCUACUGCCGGGGCAAGAAGAUUCAGAAGAAGCGAGCCAUGCGCAGAUACUUGGAGAGAGGAGAGAGUCUGGAGCCCCUGGAUCCCAGUGAGAAAGCCAAUAAAGUCCUAGCCCGAAUCUUCAAGGAGACGGAGUUGAAGAAACUGAAAGUUCUGGGAUCGGGAGUGUUUGGAACUGUGCACAAAGGUGUCUGGAUUCCAGAUGGAGAUUCCAUCAAGAUUCCUGUCAGCAUCAAAGUUAUCCAGGAUCCAAGUGGGCAGCAGACGUUCCAUGCCGUCACUGAGCAUAUGUUGGCCAUCGGCAGCUUGGAUCACGCUUACAUCAUCCGGCUCCUGGGCAUCUGUCCUGGGACCCAGCUCCAACUAGUGACCCAGCUCCUACCACUGGGCUCACUGCUAGAGUAUAUCCGCAAAAACAAGGAUGCUAUCGGUCCCCAGCUGAUGCUCAACUGGUGUGUACAGAUUGCUAAGGGCAUGUACUAUCUGGAGGAGCACCGCAUGGUCCAUCGCAACCUUGCUGCCCGCAAUGUUAUGGUAAAAUCCCCCAGCCAGGUACAGGUGGCAGAUUUUGGCAUUGCUGACCUGCUCUAUCCAGAUGACAAGAAAUACUUCUAUAAUGAAAUUAAGACUCCAAUAAAAUGGAUGGCUUUGGAGAGCAUACAUUUUGGAAAAUAUACACAUCAAAGUGACGUGUGGAGUUACGGGGUGACAUUGUGGGAGAUGAUGACCUUUGGAGGUGAACCCUAUGCAGGUAUCCGUCUUUCUGAAGUGCCUGAUCUCCUGGAGAAAGGCGAGCGCCUCUCUCAGCCCCAAAUCUGCACCAUCGAUGUCUACAUGGUGAUGGUAAAAUGCUGGAUGAUUGAUGAGAACAUUCGCCCCACCUUCAAAGAGCUAGCCAAUGAGUUCACACGGAUGGCCCGCGAUCCUCCUCGCUACCUUGUAAUUAAGAGAGAGAGUGGGACACUUUCCCCAGUGGAGCCGCCAACACUCAGUGAAAAGGAGUUGGAUGAGAUGGAAACAUUGGAAAUGGAGACAGAGAUGGAGGAGGAGGAACUGAAUAACCUCUUCUCCUCCAGGCAGUGGAUGGACGCCACACGGAGCCCGACUCUUCUGAACCCCUCAGCUGGAUACAUACCCAUGAAUCAGAGCAGCCUCAGUGGAAGCCUUCAGAGCGCUGGACUAGGCUCCCGGCAGACUUUGCGCAUAAGGCAGGAGUCCAUGGGUCGCACAAUCUCAGAGUCAUCAGAGGGACGGGGUACAGCCUCUGACUACGAGCUCACGGAGGAUAUGUCUCUGUCCGGGAGCCUGUGUCGCAGCCACCGGUCCCGGGGAGAUAGUGCCUACCUCUCUCAGCGAGAGAGCCUGAUGCUCCCUGUGGGAAGCGCUGAUGGAGAAGAAGAUGCCAACGGCUAUGUCAUGCCGGAUCGAAACAGCAGAGAGCGUGCUGCUGGCACUCCUGCCUCCCUGCUCCGAGGCUUGCAACCUGUGCUGCAAGUGGAUGAAGAGUACGAGUACAUGAACCGGCGUGCUCCACAAGCCCCACAGCCCCGGCCAGCCUCUUUGGAGGAGCUUGGCUAUGAGUACAUGGACCUGGGCUCUGAGCUGAGUGCUUCACUCGGCAGUGUGCCGAGCUCCCAGCUAACCACACCCUGCCGGGAUGAGGAGGACGAGGAAGAAGACUAUGAGUACAUGAACAAACAGCCCAAGCUCAGCAAGUCCCUGAGCAGUAUCCGCAGCUCUCGGGGAGACUACACCGACAUGGACUCCGGCAUCACACAGGGCUCCCCGGACGAGCAGGGUUAUGAGGAAAUGGAUGCUGUCUUACCUCCUGUCCAGUGUCCUGGCUGUCAGAGUCCCCCUUGCCCCCCAAAUGGGUUCAUGAAGCCCCUACGCACUUUGGAAGCCUCGGACUGUGCUUUCGACAACCCUGAUUACUGGCACAGUCGGUUGUUCAGCAAGGCCGAUGUCCAGAGGACUUAGUUGGGGGUGGGUGGUUUUCUCUGUCCCUUCCCAGGGCAGAGAAAAACAAACUCUUGAAUUUUAGCCACAAACACCUUCACUAUGGUUGUGGACUGAAAGGCAGAACUUCCGUGAAGCUCUGAAGCCACUCUGAUGUGGACCAAGAUGGGAAGACACGUCAGGAGCAACCAACAAUGGGCUCCUCCAGGGCUGCAUCUGAGCCCCCACUGCCUUGCACUGCAGUUUGACCCAUCAUGCAUCUGGUCUCUUCAGUUCAAGCGCCCUGAACUUAGAGGGCAGUAUGGAAGCAUGUUGGAAGAUGCAAUCUGGACUUCUGGGACACGUGGCUUGAAAUGUGUAAGAGACUUGCGGGCCAUUUCCAUGGGCCAGAGGGCCUUGUGGUCUGGUGGAGCCCUCUGUGUUGAGGCAAAACUGAUCCUCCGCUGCCCUGCCCAGAACCCACAGCAACAAGCAGAGGCUCUUGGGUUGUCCCUAACUGCUCUUGUAAAGACAACCCUUUGCCUUUUCAUAGCAGUGGGGUCCUGAGCAUGAGCCUAGCAUGCUGAGCCCUGCAGUUGGCAGUAAGACUGAGAAGAAGCCUUCCUCUAGAGAGGCAGUGAGGUCCUUGUCUACUGAUGUCCCAUUCUGACAACAUCUGUAAUGGGGGGGGGAGGAGAGGACCUGUAAUUAUCUGGGUGCAUAUGAAGGAUAACGGUGCUUUUUUCCUCCCAGAAAGCCUGACGACCUAAUUUAGGGAAAUAAUGAGUUGCUCUGAGAUAAGUUUUAAAUCCUACCUCCCAGUACAGCAUUUGGUUUAAAAAACAAAACAGAGACCAGAACUUGAAACUCCUGGGUUCUGUCUCCAACCCCUAUUGCUGAGUUUUCUUUUAUUUUGGUAUGCCUUUAGCCACCCAUGUGCCUUACAGUUUUCAUAUCUGGAUGGAGACCCUUGAGAAAGAGGAAGUGGCUAAGAACAAAAAAGCCCAGAAGUUGCUGGAGAGUCAAACAAGCUAGAUUUCUAUCCCCCUACAUCUAGUGCUUAUUACUGUGGACUACUUGCAGUGUCAGCCUAAGCAGAGUUAACGCCUGUUGAAGUCAAGGGGCUUGGAGGAGGCUGCAGCUCAGCAGCAGAAUAUCUGCUUGGCAUGCAGAAGGUCCCAGGUUGAAUCCCCAGCAUCUCCAGUUGAAAAAAAAAAAACCAGGCAGUACGUUAUGUGAAAGAACUCCACCUGAGACCUUGGAGAGCUGCUGCCUGUAGAAAAAUACUGAUUGUGAUGGAUGAAGUGGUCUGAUUCAGUACAGGACAGUUUCCUGUGAUGUUAAGAUUCAGCAGUAAUCUCAAGCACCCCAAAGGGAAAGAAUGGUAGAGAGACAGUGCAGAGUCUCCUGAUGGAGAGAGUAACUGCUUUAGUCCUCCGGCACCCAGAGAGUUGGGGUAGAGUGGCCAGUUUAAAAAGCAGCAUCCCCCUUACUCCCUCUGUCAGGAGGGAAUAUGGGAUUCUUUUCAGCAUAGGAGCCAACUUGAAGAGGACCCCAGUCAAUGAAUCCCCACUGUGAUCAAUGUUCCCUCUAAGAUGAGUUAGCGUGAGCUAGCUCACAGAUUUUUAGCCUCCAGCUCACACAUUUUUGUCUUAGCUCAGGAAAAAUGGUCUCAGAGCACAAUAAUUUAUGCAGUAGCUUACAACUUUAAUGCCAGUAGCUCACAACUUUAAUAUCAGUAGUUCACAAAGUAGAAUUUUUGCUCACAAGACUCUGUAGCUUAGAGGGAACAUUGACUGUGAUAUGUGAACAAUCCAGGAGCAAUAUGCUUUACUGCUGGAAUUAAACUGGGAGUAAACUGCUGUUUUGCAUUGUGGGCUUUUUACUUGGGAUUCUCUUGAGUCACGCUCAUUUGCACCAGAAUAUGAUUUGGGAACAAAUUUCUCCCUUUCUCCACCUUAGCCUACCCCGAAGGCCAGUCGUAUUGAAUGUUAUUUGUUUUUGUUCUCACAAGUUUUGGAUUGCAUCAUAUGCAGAGAGGAGAAAGAAAAUAAAAAUCUGAUCAGAAGGAGAUGAAUUUGCUCUCUUGUUGCAUGCAGAGAUCUCUGAGUUUGACUUCAUCUUGUUUUGAGUCCUGUAAAAACAUCUCCCCAUUAUGGGAUCUGAAUCUUGGAGUUGGAGCUCUUUUGGUUGCAAACAUAAUCCACAUUGUCCUGAGGUCUCUCUAAUAUUGUUCUCCAGCCUUUGCUUUCAGCUCCAAUUAUGAUUUGUAUGAAAUAUAAUUGUAUUUCCUUCCUUCCUCUCUUGAGCAGGAAUCCCGUGAUGUAUAAGCUUUUGUGAGCCAGAGCUCACUUUCUGAGAUACAUCAAGUGUACAUCCAUUAGGCAGAUAUAUUUAUACCCUACUUUUUUGGGGUGCAUUUUUGCAUUUUGUGUGUGUGUGUGUGUGCCUGCAUCUGGAAGUUAUGGCAACUUCUGGUGACUGACCCCCCCUACUGGGGGCCUGGAGGAUAUUCAGAGAGGUGGCUAAAUAAAGCCUGCCCCUGUUCUUAUGACAGCUGAUAUUUCAAGGUCUCCCAUCCAAAUACUUGCCAGAUUCAACCCUUCUUAGCUUCUACGAUCUGACAAGAUCAAGCUCGCCUGGGCUCUCCAGAUCAGGGCCACGUUUAUAACCUUCUUAAAGCUUCAAAUAGUAGAAAGAUGGAAAAGGGAAGAUGAUAUAAGGAUACAGACAAGUUUUGAACAGGAUCCAUUUAUCAAUCCACUCUGGGGAAAGAUUGCUCCCAAUUGUUGAUCAGACAGGCAAAGGAAAGAGCUCUACCUCACAAAAUCUCACACUGGAAUAAAUGCUGUUAGUUUUUAAAGUCUGUUUAGAUACAUAUAUCCCUAUCCCACAGUUAUUCUUAAUGGGGACCCACAGAGGCUUACAUUGUUCUCUCCCCACCCAGUUUAUUAUUACAACAACAGCCCUGUGAGGUUAGGUGGAGAGGAAGUGACUGGCCCAAGGUCAGUCAAUGACCUUUCAUGUCGGUGUGGGGAUUUGAAUCAGGAUAUCCUAGUCCAAUAGCACAUCACGCAGGCUUGCCUUUAAACUUCUGUUUAAUUUUGGUGCAACAGACGUGUAACUCUUGAGAACAAAUUGGCUUGGAAGCCACAUGUGGCGCUUUCAUACAUAUUGUGCGGCUCUUGAAGCUUUCAUCCCCCUGUUGGCUGGCUUGAAGAAGGCAUUUCUCUCUUUAAAUCACUCCUCCAAGCCAAGCCAGCCACUGGCUUGGAGAAGUUAAAAGCUGCUUUCUUUCCACCUCUCUCUCCCUCCCCCCCUCUAUUUUUCUUCCUCCCUAACAGAAAGGACUACAAACAGGCGUAGAAACUGAUAUAGGGUUCUCUAGGUACUAUCAGAUCUAGCCUUACACAUUAUUAGGUUCUAUGUUUAAAAUGUAUUCUGGCCAUGAACUAUUGCCUCUCUCAUACUGUGGGAAAUUAGCACCUGUCCUGGAUCAGAAUUCCACAGGAUGUGAUGAACACGGCCAGCCCUAGACUAUCAGGCACUCUAGGCAAAGCUAACUUCAGGUGCACCCCCCCACACACUCAUAACAUCACCAAGUCACAUGAGGGGGACACCUAAUUUGGCAGCCCCAAAAGGCUGAUGCCCUAGGCAAUUGCCUAGUUUGCCUAGUGGUGAAAUAGUGUUGAAAAGCAGCUGGCCACAUUUACCUCAGUCCUUUCAGCAACACUGCACUCCUGGACUGAGCAGAAUUUCAACUAGAGAGGCGCUGGCAAAUACAUAAGCAUAUUAUAGGCGCUAUCCUACUGCCCCCCUCAGAAGAAAAAAACUUAAAGGCAACGACCAAAAUUAAAUCUACUGAAAUGAGCUCUUUCAGGAAGAGAAGGAGAUAAGAUUUAGUUAUCUUUUGGUUAAUUUAGUCAUCUUUUGGUUAGCCAACAUAGUUAAAUUGCUGCAGCAUUUUAAUAUAGUACUAAGUAAACUUGUGUAAGGAGGGCAGCAUGGUAUAUCUUGGAAACUAAGCAGGAUUGGUACUUGAAAGGGAGACCUCUGAGGAAAGACUCUGCAGAGGAAGACACUGGCAAACCACUUGUGCCUUCUCACUUGAUGGGGUCACCAUAAGUUGCCUGCAACUAGGUGGCACUUUAGAUACACACAACCUUGCGUAGGUGAAAAACUCUAACGUUCUGAAACCAAAACCAAAAUUAGAGUAUAUUCAGAUGGUUCUUAGUUUUAUUCUUAAACCAAGAAUUUUCAUCCAAUCUACUUCUCAAGGUAUCCUCCUCUGUUACCUUGAGAACAUCACAGUACCAUAAAACAGGACCUAAAUAUGUCCCAAAGCAAAGUUUAGUGCAAUUGCAAGACUUUCUCCAUCACAGUGCUCAUGCAAGAUGUCCAUAAAAUGCUUUGGAAUCCCAUGGGCACAUUCUAGAGAGAAUGGCAGGUUGCAUCAAAAGAGUGCCAUCUGUACUUUUUUGCUUCAAAGUAAUCCAAUUUAAGGUUGCCUAUGGUUCAUAAAAACACCAAGAACCUGGUUCAGUUCUAAGGGAGAGGUUUGAGCCAGAGUCUGAAGAGGUGGCUCAGGUGAAAAUCAGAAUGAAAACAAAUGAAAUUAUAAAAUUAUGGAAAGGUGCUGCUCUAAGCCCCCUUUUGCCCAUAUUUUACCCUGAUUACUGUUGCUCCUGUCAUCUGUUUAGACUCGUGUUGGUGUAAUUGGUUUGAGGAUGUUAAUUAAGAAAUAUCAGGACUGAGUCAAUUAAAUUUGGAUAUGACUAAUAAUUUUCAAGUGUUACAAACAGUAAUGAACAAAAAUAUGGAAACGACCUCAUUUGGCCAGCUUAGUUCUGGAAUUCUUUUUGUAUUUGUAUGAUAAAGGUGUCACAUAAUGUUCUCCCCAGACUGGAUGUAUACAUUUCUCUUAAAUGUCCACUUUUUUUUUCUUGCCAUGCUUUGAAACUGGUGAAAUGAAGGCUUUUUAUCUUUAAAAAAAAUCUGGACUGGAAGGAAUUCAAAUGUUUACACAUUUU